AUGGCACAGAGAACAUUGGGCGCCAAUGUCGAACAAGAAGCGCAGAUUGAGUCACAGCGAACCCAGGAUCCAGCUGUCAGACAUGUGCAGAGACAAAGUGAUCGAAUUUCUAUUCAGAAUCGCUUCUGGGAUGGGACAGAGUACACAACAGCAAACUCGCAGCCUUCUGGGUCAGACAGGCCCUCAGUGGCUAGUAGAUCAGCCCCACAGGCCUUCAGUGGAAAACCGUCUAUCGCGGCAGCAAGCAUCAUUGGAAUCAUCGCGUUUGCAGCUCUCUCAUUUCUCGUCACCUGGUAUAUCCGACGUGAAAAACGAGCCCGACGAGCCCGCAGGAUAAAAGAUCAAAUCCAGGACCCCUUUGCGCAGUCUUCCGUUACCCUGGCCGAGGACACAAGCAAGGCCCUCGAUGACUUCCUCAUGAAAGAUAUCCGGCCCGAGAGAAGCUCACUGAUGUUUAGCCGAAGCCGCUCUCCAUCGAUCACCUUUGUCGUCGAUGACAUGGACCGUCGAAACUCAAUGGGCAAAUCAGGGCGCAAAAGCAAUGAUACCGCAACCAACAGUCACAGCAAAAGGGAUACUCUGACACGCGUUUCAGCAGACACACCUAGACCGAGCUUCAUCAUUUCUGAACUCUCCUCGAUCUCUCAAAGUAAUGCCGCACGUCCGGCAUCCAGCAGCUCGGGCAGUGCCACCCCUAGGGCAUCUGUGUCACCCUCGGUUGUGCCCUCGACCACUCGAUCCUCGCAGCUGUGGACUACCACGACCGGCACAACAACUGAAAACAGUUCGUUGUUGAGUUGUGAUCCGCCCAGCUCCAGGCCGUCACAGUCGACGAGUCGCAGUUCGAAUGUCCUACCCAGCUAUGCGAGCUCGUUGACACGAUCGGAUCCUUCCGAUGCGUCGCAUGGGUCGAGCCAGUUGUCGCAAUAUGGCCCUCCGCAGACGGGGGUACGUUUGAUUAAUGAUAACGGCGCUUCUCAACGAAAUCAUGCUAGAUCGCUGAGUCAGUCGUCUUCGAACACGGCUGUGUCACCCGCAACCGAGUCUGCGAGUAGCUCUGGACUAUCGCAGCAGUUGCCUUCGAUACCUUCGACUCCGUCGCCUUUAUUUCGGGUUUCCGAAUAUUAA